AUGUUAACACGUGUUUCUCUCUCUCUCUCUUUUAUAACAGAUCCGGCGCAGUUGGAGCAACUCGCGAUGCAAUGCCUGGAAGAUCCGGACGGUUUGUGCGGCGACAUGUGCGUGAAAGCGAUAACGUCUUCGGCGGCGAACCCGCAGGUGGCGAACGUGAAAGUGCCGUGCACCGGGGGCGUCGAUGGACUCAUCGAAAACGUUUUGAAAAAGUGUACCGAAGAGCUCGGCGCGCCCUUCGAUCCUUGCGGCGGGAAAACGAAGAAGGCGAUCAUCGACGCGAGCGCGAAGAUUAAGUGCGAAGAAGGCGGCGUGCUCGCCGAUUACUAA